CUUGUUAACUCAUUUCCCGUCUGGUUCAGCAUCUGCAUAAACUUUGGCAAUGGCCAUUACAAUGGAGCAUUCUAUUCCAGUCGGCCUCUCGUUGUGCCUGGUUUACCUCCUUACCAAGCUCAUCCGCUUCUCCCUAUUAUCCCUGCGUCCGAAACACUACCCUCCUGGUCCACUCGCCCUGCCCUUCAUCGGCAACCUUCACCUUUUUGCCAACACCAAGCCCUUCGUGCAAUUCACAGCUUUACGGCAAAAAUAUGGCGACAUCGUUGGACUGAAGACUGGCCCAGGUCAUCUCGUCAUCCUAAACAGUGCCGCUCUCGUCCGGGAACUCUUAGAAAAGCGCGGUACGAUUUACUCGGGGAGACCAUUCCCGUACUUGCAUAGGGAAUACACAAAUGGUGCACAUCACAUUCUCUUCAUGCCCUAUGAUGGCUAUUUGCGCCAAUGGAAAACAGCUGUGCGGUAUUUGCUUAGCCAAGCUGGUGCUGAGCGAAUACUCCCCAUCCAAGAUGCCGCCUCAGUGACCUUGAUGCAAAAUUUGGCAUCCAAGCCGGACCAUUUUAUGAAUCAUUUUCGCACAUGGAGUCUCACUACUCCCUUUAUCGCUAUAUGCGGCAGUUCUGCAUUGCGAAAGGAACCAGGUUUGAUCAAAUCGUUCUUUGAAAACCAGGAAGACUGGCUCAAAUUGCUUACCCCUGGCGUUGGUUCGCUCGUGGACAUCUUCCCGAUUCUGAGUUACGUUCCUGAGUUUCUGGCCGAUUGGAAACGCAACACCCGAUUGGUACAUAACAACCAGCAGGACUUCUACUACAUGAUGCUUGAAUUUGCCAAACAGGAACGAGCGAGGUCGAAGAAUAGUAACGAAAAUGUCAAACAACAUGAGUCUCUGCUGGUCAAAAUUCUCCGCGAACAGGAAGAAGGCGAGCAACAAUUUGACGAUGAUCAGCUUGCCUACCUUGGAGGUGGCUUGCUGGAAGCUGCCGUAGAUACGACUUUCGCCACUUUUAUGACGCUCAUAAAAGCCCUUGCUUCUCACCCCGAGGUCCUUAAAAAUGUUCAAUAUGAAGUGGAUGCCGUAUGUGGCUCCGAAAGGCUACCAAAAGCCGACGACCUGAAGAAACUGCCUUACCUUAGAGCUUGCUUCUUCGAAUCCCUGAGAUGGAGACCCGCGACACCGACCACACUGCCGCAUGUUCUCGACGCCGACGAUACCAUCGGUGGGUAUCACUUAAAACAAGGCACAGUCUUGCUCCAAAACACAUGGGCCAUCACCCACGAUCCCAAAGAUUACGACCAUCCCGAAGAAUUCGACCCCAGUCGGUAUCUAGACAACCCGUACGGAACGAAAAGACCUGCGGAGGCGUCACAGGCUGAAGGGCGGAAACAAGUAUACGUUUUCGGCACUGGUCGGCGACAGUGUCCCGGAGAUCUUUUUGGGGAGAAUUCUGUCUUGAUUGCAACGGCGAAGCUGGUGUGGGUAUUUCACAUCGUUUCCAAAGGGGAGCUCGACAAUAGUAUUGAGAGUGGUUUCCAUGGAGGUCUCACGUUCGCGUCUGAGGAGUUCAAGGUGGAUUUUGUUCCGAGGAGUGUGAGAAGCGAGAAGGUACUUCUUGAAGAUUACCAGAGACUGAAUUACUUGCUGGAAUGAUGUUGAUGCCUUGGUGGGCUUUUCAGUCGGACCGCACUAGCCUUCGACUUCAACAACUGUCUUUUCCGAUUUACCGCUACUAUAGCCAGUCGACGGACGACGGAUGGGGUUGGAACUUCAAGGACAUUGCCACUUAAUUGCCAGUUUGUGAUAACAUAUGGGCACCCACCUUACCACACAACUUUUGCCUGUAGGGUAGACAUCAUUCGCUUUUCUGUAAUUCAAGCCCUUAUGGCCGGCCACCUUCACUCAUUUGGACUUGGAGAAAAUCAGAA